AAAUGAAAGAGCCUGUUGGUGGGAAGGUAUAUUUAAUUUGAAAAUAGGGUCUUCCUUUUUGGUAUUGAAUUAACAACAUUCAGAAGAAGUAAGAAUGUCUAAGCCCCUGGAGCUGGAGAAGGCGCGGCUGGAGCUGCAAGAGGAACACACAGAUACAGAAAGAAAUGGACCUGACACAAACCACCAGACCCAGCAGAGCAAACCUUCCCCGUUCUCCUCAUCCCCAACCAGCACCGGCACCAAGAUCAAAGCUGAAGACCCAACAGAAAUGCCUCCAGCUCCGGCCCCAGUCCCGGCUCCCCCAGCUCAGCAAUCACACCUGCCCCAGGCCCAGCUUAUGUUAGCUGGCAGCCAGCUGGCUGGGCUCACGGCCCUGAUGCCUGCCCAACAGCAGCUGCUUCUGCAGCAGGCCCAAGCGCAGCUCCUGGCAGCCGCCGUGCAGCAGUCCAAUGCUGCAGCUGCCGCCGCCUCCUCUCAGCAGCCUGGGGCUGAGCUGACAGCGCCACAGAACCAGCCCCAGACGCCUCAGCUUGCCCUGUCUCAGCCAAUCCAGCUCACUGCACAGGAUAUCCAGCAGCUGCUCCAGCUCCAGCAGUUAGUCCUUGUCCCAGGGCACCACCUCCAGCCACCUGCACAGUUCCUGCUGCCACAGGCCCAGCAGGGACAGCAAGGGCUGCUCCCGACACCAAAUCUCUUUCAGCUACCUCAGCAAAACCCAGGGAGUCUCCUGCCGAACCAGCCUCGUGCAGGACUCCCAGCACAGCAAGUGACUCGGCCUGGCCUCCCCGAGUCCCACCUUACCCACUCACAGCCGCCGAAAUGCCUGGAGACCCCUUCACACCCUGAGGAGCCCAGCGACCUGGAGGAGCUGGAGCAGUUUGCCCGCACCUUCAAGCAGCGGCGCAUCAAGCUGGGCUUCACGCAGGGUGAUGUGGGGCUGGCUAUGGGCAAGCUUUAUGGGAAUGACUUCAGCCAGACAACCAUCUCACGCUUUGAGGCACUCAAUCUCAGCUUUAAGAACAUGUGCAAACUCAAACCUCUGUUGGAGAAAUGGCUCAAUGACGCUGAGACAAUGUCUGUGGACUCCACGCUUCCCAGCCCCAACCAGCUAAGCAGUCCCAACCUGGGCUUUGAUGGAUUGCCAGGCCGGCGCCGCAAGAAACGGACCAGCAUUGAGACCAAUGUCCGCUUUGCAUUGGAAAAAAGCUUUCUCGCGAACCAGAAGCCUACCUCAGAGGAGAUCCUACUUAUUGCCGAGCAACUGAACAUGGAGAAGGAGGUGAUUCGUGUCUGGUUCUGCAACCGCCGCCAGAAAGAAAAGCGGAUCAACCCUUGCAGCUCUGCUCCCAUGCUGCCUGCCCAGGGCAAGCCUGCUGGCUACACCCCUCACAUGGUGACCAGCCCAGGCACCGGCACAAGUCUGCCCCUCUCCCAGGCUUCCAGUAGUCUGAGCACAACAGUUACUACCUUGUCCCCAACAGUUUGCUCCCUGACCCCCAGUCGGACAGCGGUGGGAGCAGGGGGCACCACCCUCAACUCGGUCACGCCACCCCCAAGCAACAGCACAAAUCCCAGCCCCCAGAGCAGCAGUCACCCAGCGAUCAGCUUGCAAGGCCUGAAUCCCAGUACGGGAAGCACAGUGCUAGGGGUGAAUGCAGGGUUAAACCCAGCGCUAAUGGCCACCAACCCGCUGGCCACCAUACAAGCAUUGGCCAGUGGUGGAAGCCUGCCAAUUACCAGCCUUGAUGCCAGUGGUAACUUGGUCUUCAGUACCAGCGGAGGCACGACUGGAAGUCAGAGCAUCGUGACUUCGUCGCUCUUCCUCAACCACGCAGGCCUGCCCUUGCUGAGUGCUGCCCCGGGAGGUGUGGGGCUGGUGUCUGCGGCUGCUGCAGUGGCUGCCUCCAUGCCCAGCAAGUCGCCCACCCUGACCUCCUCCUCUUCUUCCUCCUCUUCCUCCUCCUCCUGUUCCUCAUGCAGCUCCUCCAGCGACAUGGCGCAGACUCUGGGGCAGGCUGGUCCCGGAUCCAGCGAGCCGGAUGCCAAGACGGAAUGAGGGUUGAGGAGGAGCAUCCUCUCUGCCUUCCCAACAUGUGGGGGUGGCAAGGAGUGGACGUACAAACCGACGAGUGAAACCAAAAAAAAAAAAAACCAAACAAAGAAUUGUCAGCAAACAGCCAAACGAAAAACCAACCAAAAAAAUAACCCAAAGCAACCAAACAAGCAAAGCAAAAAGGGACAAAGGAAGAAACCAAAAAGAUUUCCCCAAACUUUUGGUGUUUAUUUUUUUUUCCUUUUUUCUUUCCCCCCCCCAAUGUUCAGAACAAAACACCUCGCAAAAGGUGACUUUGUCAGUGGUUUGUUUGAAUUAUUUGCUUUGAUUUCUCUUUAUUUUUCUUCCGCUAGUUUCCUGGACAGUUUCAGAAAGGAAACAAAUAAACGGGAAUAGUUUUUUUUUUUGUAAAAAAAGAAAAAGAAAAAAAACACCUUUAAAAUCCUUAAGGGGAAAACAAAUCUCACACCAAAAAUCACCAGUCCUAGCUUCACCCAAAGCUUUUUACAGACUUUUCUAACUUCUGUGUCUGGUCGAAUGUCUUUCAAAACUCUUAUUUAUUCUAAUUUAUUCUUUUUCUUUUAUUUGGGAUUCAGAAAGGGUUGGACAGGGCAGGGGUAUAUUGGUUUAAUUUCAGAAUCUUGCUAUAAAUAUUUUUUCCUUUUUAAAAAAUGUUAGAUUUUUUUCCUUUUUUGCUGUGUUUUUUUGAAGCAGACUUUAUAGUUUUAAGUGAGUUCUGAUUAGAUAUGAAGGCUAGGAUUUUCAAAGGCAAUAAUGAGAAUUAGGCACCAAGUUCCCGUGCUGGAAACUGGUUUCCUAACUGAUGUCCUGCAAUGUGUUUUGCAUCACUGCUUCUAUCUGUUGGGGUUGAGCUGGGGGAGGAUGUUGCAUGACUCAGCCUUGCAAUGAACUCCACAAAAGGUUCUAGACCACAAAAGUAUUGGACCACCUUGCUUGUCAAUGCAUACCUACAUGUAGCCAUUUCUGGCUGGAAAGGAGAGGGUGGAGGUGGGGAAACUGCUUUACAAAAUUUCCCCCCUUAGUCACGUGCCUCUGAUUUUGAUUCAUCACAAGCCCAGAGUAUCAGAAAGGAAACAAAUAAGCAGGGAUGGGAAACCUGUGGCCUUACACAUGUUGCUGAACUACAUCUGCCAUCAUCCCUGAUCAUUGGCUAUGGUCACUGAGGCUGAUGGGAAUUGGAGUCCAACAACAUCUGGAAAGCCACAGGUUCCUCAUCCCUGAUCUAGUACAUCAAAUGCAGAUAGAGGAUCCUAGGCAUUUCUUUCCCCCUGCAACCAAAUGAAUUACAUCCAUUAAGAGUAACCUUAUUCAUAUCAACUGGGUUUCUCACCAUGGAUGAGCAUGUAAGUGUAAACACUCCUCUCUUUGUAGGACAAGAGGCCUUAUUGAAAGUCUCAGUCUUCACCUGUUUCAGGAUAGGCAGCACUAAAUGUGUACAGUUUGUUCUAGCAGCUCAAACAUUUUCUUUGCCAAUGUUCAAUUUUUCUAUUGAUCUUAGCUAUAGCUUUCCUUUUUUUAAAUUGAUUUUCACCUGGAGUUAGUAUCGGGUUAUUUUUCUGAAAACAGGAUGUGUAAUUUUUAUUAUUAUUUUUUUAUAUCUGUGUUUCUGAAAAAAAUACUCAUAUUCCAGUGCCUGACAAAAACCAAACCAAACCAAACAAAAAAAAAGGGAAUUUCAACAUUAUUUACAUUUUCCAGUAAAAAAACCCCAAAAAUUGAUAGACAUCACUACAGAAAACAACAAAAUGAAGACCACUGGGGAAUAAAAUAAAACCACAGAAGAGGGAUAAAAAUCCCCCUUUUUAUGUGGCUCACAGAGACUCGGAGGCGAGAGACAAACUUUUAACCAAAAAGAACCAAACAAGUGAACAAAGAAAGCUUAAAAACACACACGUACACACACAAAAAAACUUUUAAUUGAAGAAGAAAGGAUGAAAAUAUGUGGGAAUAAAUGGGAAAUCUUCAUUUUCUCUGAUUAGACAAAUGGCUCAACCGUCUUUCUCUGUCCUGAAAAAAAUACCUCAUGGAAAGUUGCGUUGAGAAGCCAAGGUUUUAUAAAUGGCAAAGAGACAAAAAAUAAAAAGUAAAAUGAACCAAAUCAAUGGAAGUGGGAGGGUAAGAUAACAGAGGAUCCUGAGACUUCCUCCCCAAAGUCUGGAAAGCUUUAAAAAUGGCUUCUCAAAACGCUCUUUUUUAUUUUUGUUUUAAAACUUUCUUCUGUACAUUUUUUGUUUGUUUCCUUUAUUAUUAUUUUUAACUGGUUGA